GCACGCAGGCAACUCGAAGGGCUGUUACUGAUUUAUAAGAGAUCGUUGUUUGCCUUGUUGUAAGAAAGUUUCUCCUCCCCUCUGCUUCCUCAGCCCAGGCGCACAGCAGCUUUCAUGGCUUUUGCAUGAUUCCAGGCUCACGUCCCCAUGCAGAAGCCUGGGGAAGGGUCUCCACAGCUGCUGGGGUUCUUUGAUACUCCAGAUAUGCCCCUGCUGCUUGUUUUGUCCAAAAAGCUUGGUGGGUUUGGCUUGUGCCACCAAAGCAACUUCUUUCUUGUUGACCUCCAUCCCCACUCACCUGCCUUGUGUUGCCCUGCCAGGACCAUCCCUCACGGGCAACCCUUGGUCCAGACAGGUCUUGCCCUGGGAACAGGAGUUACUUGGAGGGAGAAUGGUCCAGGUCACCAUCAUCGGCUCAUUGGGGAGCUGAGCCCUGCAGGAGGCUCCCUGCCUGCAGCCAGGGCUGGGUGCUCUGUGGGUGCUCUGGGCUGGGCUGGCACCUGGGAUGAGCGAGGCAGGAGGGACACACAUGUCCCCUCUGUCCCUUUCCCGGGAUGCUCGAGGCAGCAGCCAGUGCAAUCGGGAGGUCUGGGUCUGAACCCCCGUGACAAAGGAAGCACUGGUUUAGUGCCAGCUCCAGGAUGACAGCUGGAUCCCACAUCCAGCCCCUCGCUUCUCCUUUUCAGCCCUAAAGCCCUUUUCACUUUCAUUUCACUUCGGUUUUUACCUCCCCUCUGCCUGAGACCUGGUGAGGUAUUUGCUUCAGGGAAACUGUCUUCAGCCAGCGUGUGUGAACAGCUUCGCUACAGCGCCAGGAGGGUUUGGUGGCCGGCCUCAUCACGGGGAGCUGGGGAGCCCAUCCCAAGGAUCAGCAGUGCUGGCCCGGCGGCAGCGGGCUGGGCGGCUGCCCUCGCCGAGGGAGCGGGAAGAUGAGCGGAGGCACAGCCCAUCUUCUGACGGCUCUCUUCGUGGUGGCAGCGAUGGGCUACCCGUCGCGGCGGUCUGCCACUGAUCUGCAUGCCACCCCUAGGACAACAGUCACUUUUGAUGAGCUGUCAGGCGUCCGGCACUUCAGUGCACACACCUUCAACUACAGCACCCUGCUGCUGGAGGACGACCGGGGCAUCCUCUACGUGGGUGCCAGGGGAGCCAUCUUCGCCCUCAACUCCAGUGACGUGGCUGAUGGCUCCCACCGCACGAUCCACUGGGAAGCCUCCCCGGAGAAGCAGAUGGACUGCCUGCAGAAGGGCAAAAACAACAAGACUGAGUGCUUCAACCACGUGCGGUUUCUGCAGAGGCUGAACAGCACCCACCUCUACGCCUGCGGGACCUACGCCUUCCACCCGCUCUGCGCUGCCAUCGAUGCUGAUAGGUUCAUGUUGCCAUCCCACUUUGAGGAAGGCAAGGAGAAGUGCCCAUAUGACCCAGCCCGUGGCUACACCGGCCUCAUUGUGGACGGUGGCUUGUACACAGCCACACGCUAUGAGUUUCGGAGCCUCCCUGACAUCCGGAGGAACCUGCACCAGCGGCCACUGAAAACGGAGGAGUCCCCGCUGCACUGGCUGAAUGAUGCGGAGUUUGUGGCCUCUGUGCUGGUCCAGGAGAGCAAGGACAGCCCUGUGGGCGACGAUGACAAAAUCUACUACUUCUUCACGGAGCGGGCGGGUGAGGAGACCACAUCCUUCUUUGACAAGAGCCAGGUGGCCCGAGUAGCCCGGGUGGCCCGUAUCUGCAAGAGUGAUGUCGGGGGGAAGAAGAUCCUUCAGCGCAAGUGGACGUCCUUCAUGAAGGCACGCCUAGUCUGCUACAUGCCCUACUAUGAGGUGCUGCGCAGCGUCUGCAGCCUGGAUGGAGGGGGCUGGGCCAGCACUGUCUUCUACGCCACCUUCACCCUCUCAGCGCAGUGGAGGACCAUGGAGGCCUCAGCCGUGUGCCGCUACAACAUCUCGGCAGUGCAGCACGCCUUUGAGGGCCCCUACAUGGAGUACCAGGACUCAGCUCGCAAGUGGUCCCGCUAUGACGGUGCAGUGCCUGAGCCCCGGCCUGGCUCUUGCAUUACGGACCACUCCCGCAGAAAGGGCUACAACUCCUCGCAGGACCUGCCCAACAGCGUCCUGGACUUUGUCAAGCUGCACCCGCUCAUGUUUGAGGAGGUGAAGCCAGCUGGUGGGGAGCCGCUGCUGGUGAAGAAGAGUGUGACAUACAGCCGGCUGGCUGUGGACAGGGUGCAGGCCCUCGAUGGCCGCUCCUACGAUGUGCUUUUCAUGGGGACAGGGGAUGGCUGGAUCCACAAGGUCGUGGUGGCAGACUCCGGUGUCCACAUUGUGGAGGAGGUCCAGGUGUUCAGGGACCCACAGCCUGUGGAGAGCCUGGUGAUCUCCCACGCUCAGAGGAGCCUGUACGUGGGGGCACCCGGUGGGAUCCUGCAGGUGCCCCUGGCCUCCUGCGCCAGGUACGCCUCCUGCUACGACUGCAUCCUGGCCCGGGACCCUUACUGCGCCUGGGACGGCAGAACCUGCCGCGCCAUCGCCAGCACCGACAGCACAGGGCUGGUGCAGGACAUUCAGAGCGGCAACAAGGGAUGCCGGAGCAGCUCCGGGCGUGGCUCCCUGCCAUGGAAGAACCGGACGGUCCUGAGGGGUGACGAUGUGCUGCUGCCCUGUGACCAGCGCUCCAACCUGGCCCGAGCUGUCUGGCUGCUGAAUGGCAGCGAGGUGCCGGCCACAGGGCAGGACCAGCUGCGUGUUGGGGUGGACGGGCUGCUGGUGACGGACACACUGCCCCAGCACAGCGGCGAGUACCGCUGCUACGGGGAGGAGCAGGGUCUCCGGACGCUGCUGGCCGCCUACAGCCUCACUGUGCUGCCCGAACUGCCACGCAGCCCCACGGACACCCCGCAGCCCCACGCCGCCAGCCAGGUGGACAGUGACGUGAAGGUGGCUUACAUCUCUGCCAUUGUCGCCUUGGUGGUAGUGUGUGCCGUGCUCAGCGCCAUCCUGCUCUACAUGUCCUGCCUGGAGAAGCGCAAGGGCAAGUACGUCCUGGGGGAGCCGCGGCCAGCCAGUGUGGAGCUGCAGACCGUCUCGGCCAACUGCCUGCGCAAGGGUCACCACGAGGAGGAGGAAGAGCUCACCUACCCCGAUGGCUGCCUGCGGAUCAUUCCUGGCGAGGCACCCACAGCUGCCACUUCCCCAGUCAAGGAGCUGCCGGCUGCUGUGCCCCCACUUCCGCCACCACCGCCGCUGCCAGCUGAGCUCACAAAUGGCGUGGGGGCUCUGCCCAACGUCCUCCGCAAGAUGAAUGGCAACAGCUACAUGCUGCUGCAGCAACAGGAGGAGCCGCUGGCCUCCCCGCUCUACAGCGCAUCCUUCACUGAGGAGCUCAGCAAGAUCCUGGAGAAGCGGAAACACACACAGCUGGUGGAGAAGCUAGACGAGAGUUCCGUGUAGGGGCUGGGGUUGGGGUCUUGCCAGCGGGACCCGCCGCCCCUCCAGCCCCUUCUCCCACCCGCUGCCAGCAGUGUUACAAGACUCAGGCGAAACUACCUCCUGGAUGGCAGAGCCGGGCCGGGCCCGGGUUUGGCCAUUCCUUUGGCUUUUCACUCACUUUUGAGACUCACUGUACAGAAAAAAAGAAAAGAAAAAGAAUCUAUUUAAAUUUGGGAGCUCUAUUUAUGUACAAAAACCCACUGACGGUGGCCACGAGCUGGAGGCAGGAGCUGGCGCCUGGCUGAAGGUGGACACUGGGGGGAGGGCAAGUUUCUGUCUGUCCAUCCAGGUGGGAGAGAGAGCUGCUGCUGUGGAUGCAUGGACUCAUUCUGCUCCGCCGGGUUUCCCUUGGCACAGGGGAUCUGGACAGCUGCUGAGAGGGUUUCCUCUCCAAGAGAGAACACUUCUUCAAGGGAUGGAACUGUGGUGAGGAGCCGAUGUCCCAGACACACGAGCAGCUGGUGGAGCAGUGGUUGCCCAGUGCGAGGAAGCCCCAG